AUGCAGCUACGAACGCGUGGGAGUCCCCGUUUCUGGCGGUAUAAAACAUUGGGGAUGUAUUUGGGCCUCUUGCAGGGGAGCAGGCACCGAACUCCUACGUCACCAGUGUCAACACCAGCCCGAAUGCAUUUCAGGGACACAGUCACGCUUGCUUGUACCGAUUCUGCAUGUAUCGGGAGCAACCGGGGUACUCACCAUGCCCAGAUAGUAAUGUCUGGGACCGGGAGGACUCCAUGUCCGUAUCAAGUAAUAAGCAUGUAUGGCUGGAGUGAAAUUCUUACUGCGCCAAAGGUGGGAUACUUUUUUAGGACAUUUCGCGGCAGCGUCUUUGCGGGAACCGUUUCGAGUCCCAUUGACACCACUCUCUGGGAAUCUGUUGGCCGUCAUGCAUUCAUCUACGGGUUUCUUCGCGACACCCCGGGCGCCUUCCACAUGCUAAAUGCCACCUACUAUGACAAACCCCGGAACUGCGUCGUUUUCCAUUGGAAAGGGCCCCUUUGA